UUAUAAGGACAAGAAAAGUAAGGUUAAGCUGAAACCACUGCUCAGCUUCCGAGAUGUUGCCACCCAAAUUGCAUGCGCUCUUCUGCCUCUGCAGCUGCCUCACCCUGGUUCAUCCUUUUGACUGGCAAGAUGUAAAGCCUGUUGUCCAUGGUAAACCAGAAGGUAAGAGGUACAUUUUUCAAGGUUCAAAAACAACGCCUGCAAGCUGGAAUGCUCCUGUGAGGACUGGUGAAAAAUACCCACUGGUUUUGAAUGCUCCCCUCUUUUUGUUUUGAAGGACAAUUUAUUCUGCAAUUGGCAAUGACCUGGCAUCUCAUGGGUUUAUAGUUGCUACUGUAGAACACAGAGAUGGAUCCGCCUCUGCAACGUACUAUUUCAAUGACCAGUCUGCUGCAGAAAUAGGGAACAAGACGUGGCUCUAUCUCAAAACCCCACAACAAGGGGAGAAUGAGGUGCUUCUACGAAAUUCGCAGGUGCAACAAAGAGCAAAGGAGUGUUCCCAGGCUCUCGAUGUGAUGCUUUCUAGAACACCGGUGAAGAAUGUAUUAGACUCAGAGUUCAAUAUGCAACAGCUGCAGGACUCCAUCGAUAGAGAUAAAAUAGCAGUAAUGGGACAUUCUUUUGGUGGAGCCACAGUUAUUCAGGCUCUUCACGAUGACCGGAGAUUCAGGUGCGGUAUUGCCCUGGAUGCAUGGAUGAUGCCCCUGAAUGAGGAAGUAUGUUCCAAGUUUUCUCAGCCCCUCUUUUUUAUCAACUCUGAAGAGUUCCAAUAUCCUGCUAAUAUCAUAAAAAUGAAAAAAUGCUACGCACCUGGUAAAGAAAGGAAAAUGAUCACAAUCAGGGGUUCAGUCCAUCAGAAUUUUGCUGACUUCACUUUUGCAACUGGCAAAGCAGUUGGAUACUUAUUCACAUUAAAAGGAAAAAUAGAUUCAGAAGUCGCUAUGGAUCUUACCAACAAAGCUUCAUUAGCAUUCUUACAAAAGCAUUUAGGACUUCAGAAAGAUUUUGAUAAAUGGGAUUACUUGAUUGAAGGAAAAGAUGAUCACCUUAUUCCAGGGACCAAUGUUGACACAACCAACUACCAUGGCGCUCUACAGAAUUCUACAAGUAUAGAGGAAUAGAAUUUAGAUCAAAAGUGCUUUUUAAAAUGUCUUCUUUUAAAACUGUUUGAAAGUGUGUGUGUUGUAUGGCUAUACCAUAAUAGUGACUGAAAUUUGGAUUAAAAUUUUUUUCCUUUAAAUAUAAAGGGAGACUAUUAUGUAAAAAUCAUACCAGCCUAAAUUUUACUUUUUACUAAGUGAUCCUUUUUUAGUAUCAAGUUAAUAACUUUUUACAGUACAUUAAUGAACAAGGAUAUUAAAACAGGCACAAUGCCAAUGAAAAAAUGUUGCAAGGACAUAACACUCCCUAAAAAAAUAAAAAGAUAUUUUCUUGCC